AUUCCAAAGAAAUGAGCGAGGAGAAUGUUCAAGAGUUCGUUUUGAAAGAGGACUGUGAGCUGAGAUUUGCCGCCGGAGACGAUUCGGAUGUCUGUCUGGAGCUCGUCAAGGGAUACGCUGAAAUUUUUGGCACAGAACUGCUGUUAAAUAAGAAAUAUACAUUUCCAGCCAAAUCUCGUGUGGCGGCGUUCACGUGGAAAGGCGCCACAAUUGAGCUCGUCGGCACAACCGAGAGCGCAUACGUUGCCGAGAGCACUCCGAUGGUCAUUUAUCUGAAUAUUCACGCAGCUAUGGAAGAAGUUCGGAAGAAGAGAGAGGAACAGGCGGCUGGAAACUCGAAUAAGGCAAAAGGACCGAGAUUGCUGUUGGUUGGACCAACGGACGUCGGAAAAACCACAGUCUCCCGUAUUCUGUGCAACUAUUCGGUUCGCCAAGGACGUACCCCGAUAUUUGUGGAGCUCGAUGUCGGUCAGAACAGCGUUUCGGUGCCCGGAACAGUUGCAGCUGUUCUUGUACAAAAAACAGCCGACGUCAUUGAUGGAUUCGAGAGAAAUCAGCCGAUUGUCUUUAAUUUUGGGCACACUUCUCCGUCGGCAAAUCUAUCUCUCUACGAAGCAUUGUUCAAAGAGAUGGCAACUACACUAAAUGCACAAAUUCAGGAGAAUGAUGAAGCCAAAAUCGGCGGAAUGAUCAUUAACACCUGUGGAUGGGUUGAUGGGGAAGGAUACAAAUGCAUUGUAAAAGCGGCAUCGGCAUUUGAAGUCGACGUGGUUAUUGUGCUCGAUCACGAGAGGCUCUACAGUGAUUUGAGUAAAGAAUUGCCGGAAUUCGUCAGACUCACACAUGUUCCAAAAUCCGGUGGAGUUGAACAACGAACCGGGCAAAUUCGUUCGAAAAUGCGCGGAGAAAACGUUCAUCGGUAUUUCUACGGAACCCGUGCCAACAAUCUCUACCCAUUCACAUUUGACGUCAGCUUCGAUGACGUCACUCUUUGUAAAAUCGGAGCCGAGCAACUGCCCGAUUCAUGUCUACCAUUCGGAAUGGAAGUUGAAAAUCAUGAGACAAAGCUGGUUAUCAUGGAGCCCAGUGCCGACAUUAAACAUCAUUUGUUCGCGUUCUCGCGGAGCACGAAAGCCGACGAAAAUGUGCUGAAAUCGCCGGUUUUUGGAUUUUGUCUUGUCACGGAGGUUGAUUUGGAGAAGCGAACAAUGUCAAUUCUCUGCCCACAGCGUACAAUUCCAUCGAAAGUUCUCGUCUUCUCAGAUAUCACCCAUCUUGAUGAUCAAAUAAAACGAUAAUUUAUUUCUUUUUUUUCCUAAUCCCUAUUUAUUUGUUUCCCGCCCUCAAAAUAAAUCUCAUUCUUC